AUGCGAUAUUAUCUUAUUUUUAUCGUGUUUAGCACUUGGUAUGUAUCCAUUAAUGCACAAUCAGAAGAUAAUUCAACAACAAACAGUCUUGUUCAAAAUGUUACUGAAGAAGAAACAACCGUUGCUUCAACUACUGAAUAUACAAACACCGAUAAAAUUACCGAGCAUGCAACCUCAGACCAAACUACUGAACAAAUGAACUUCGACUCAACUACGAAACAUACAACGUUCGACCAAACUACUCAACAAGAAAGCUUCGAACAAACUACUCAGUAUACAACCUUAGAACAAACUACUGAACAAAAAAGCUUUGACCAAACUACGCAACAAAUAAGUCUUGAUCAAACUACCGUUAUGUUGGAUAUAAAUUCAACAACAAGUGUUUCAACUAAAGGUUUUGUAGCUUCAUAUGUUGAACCACCACUACAUCCACUUGGCUAUUGUAUUCGUUCACGUUUACGCUGUUCUAAAAUUCGUCGUUGUUGCAAAGGACCCUGCGGUGUUAUUAAGAUGAAGUGUCCCUAA